ACAUGUAGUGUCAGGAAAUGCAAGAGGAGGGGUGGCGCAUUUGACCACCAAAGGACUAUCUGGACGGAUGUGCAUGUGCAUCAUCUUUGGCAGAGAUGAGAGUGCAGAACAGCACUCCGCUUACAGGGCAUGUGCACGCCACAGCGGAAUGAGUGCUGUUGGGACAUGGACGACGUGCCAGUAGAGUGACGGCGACUGAGGACUUCAGUGGAGGGGAGGGGGGGGACGCUCUGGAGAUCCUCUCGUGUUCGUAGCACCAGUGUCACCAUGAGAGUGGACCUCUUGGCCUUAAGACUGAUGUGCUUUGCCUGGUUCUGGCCUGUCACGCAGCUCAACAGCAGCCACUUCCCCAGCAAGAGGAGACACAAGGAGCUCGACCUCGGGGACAGCAACAAACAAAAGCAUAGCGGACGAGUGGACCUCAAGAUGAAAAAGCUCGACAGCACAAAGUCUUUGCUCAUUAAAUCCGAACAGCUGCUUCGAAUCGAAGACCAUGACUUUGCAAUGAGGCCGGGCUUCGGAGGUUCUGCUAUCCCUGUCGGCAUUGACGUGCAGGUGGAGAGCAUUGACAGCAUAAGUGAAGUCAACAUGGACUUCACAAUGACUCUGUACCUGAGGCAUUACUGGCAAGAUGAUCGUCUGGCCUUCCCCUCCAGCAGCAAUAAGAGUCGGACCUUCGACUCACGGCUAGUGAAGAAGAUCUGGGUGCCUGAUGUGUUCUUUGUGCACUCCAAGCGCUCUUUUAUCCAUGACACAACCAUGGAGAACAUCAUGCUGAGGGUUUUCCCUGAUGGCAACAUCCUCUACAGUGUCCGGAUCACGGUAACAGCACUUUGCUCCAUGGACUUCAGCAGUUUUCCUCUGGACACGCAGAACUGUUCUCUGGAGCUGGAGAGCUAUGCUUACAAUGAGAACGACCUCAUGCUCUACUGGAAGAACGGGAACGAUUCAUUAAGGACUGAUGAGAUUGUGCUCUCUCAGUUUUUUGUCGAAGAUUUCCAGCCUUCCUUUGGCCUUGCCUUCUACAGCAGUACUGGCUGGUACAAUCGGCUCUACAUUAAUUUUAUUCUCAGGAGGCACAUCUUCUUCUUCAUGCUCCAGACGUAUUUUCCCACCAUGCUGAUGGUGAUGCUGUCUUGGGUGUCCUUCUGGAUAGACAGGAGGGCCGUACCAGCUCGUGUCUCCUUGGGCAUCACCACGGUGUUAACAAUGUCGACCAUCAUCACCGGUGUGUCCGCCUCAAUGCCUCAGGUGUCUUACGUCAAAGCUGUGGACAUCUACUUGUGGGCAAGCUUCCUCUUUGUCUUUCUCUCCGUCAUCGAGUAUGCCGCCGUCAACUAUUUCACCACAGUAGAGGAGAUGAAGAAGCUCAAGAGGGCAAAGAUCCCAGCAUCCUUCAACGCCACACAGGCCAUGGCUUUUGACGGCUGUUUCCAUGACAACGAUAUUGACCUGACCUCUUUCCCGGAGGUGUCUAGUACGCCGAACACAGAGAGGAACACCCAAUCACGAAACUCCACCGUGUCGGGGCCCACGGAGGGCACCAGGCUACGCCGCAAAAACCCUUUAAAGCACAACCUCAGCUUCAUCAUGAGCAACAGCUACAUGAUUGACUCCUAUUCAAGAGUUUUAUUCCCCUUGGCUUACCUGCUCUUCAACAUCAUUUACUGGAGUUUGUAUGCAUAGCACCACUAUUUUUUUAAAACCUAUCAUUAAAACUUUACAGGAAGAUGUUUUAUAAAGCUUUAGAACAAAUGAAUGUUUUACAAUCUACAGGAUUGAAUGAUAUUGCUAUAUUGUAAGCUGCAUACUUAUUGUACAACGUUGGAAAAAUAAAUGUAUACUGCGUUAUUGUGUGUCUUUUUCAUAGCAUUGUUAGACCAUGUCAGUCCACUAGGUGGCACGCUAUGCAGUAGCAGUCAUGG